AUGCGGCUUCUUGCAUCGAGAGGAAUCCUUCGGAGAAUCGCCUCAAAAGAUGCGUGGAAUGGAGGAAUCCGAAUGAAGAGCACGGCCUCCUCAUCCCCCAUUCACAUUCCCUUCUCUGGACGGCUCGAUCCGAUGUGUGACCUCAACGAACAAACAUUUCUGCAUAAGGAUGGCGGUCAUCGUGUCUCGUUUCUCGGAGACAAACCAAUGAGCACUUAUCUCUUCGAGGACACGCGUACUUUGUAUCAGAUGCUGCGCCGUGGUGCACGCGUCUCUCGGCACGGUGAAUGUUUGGGACAACGGGUGGCGAAAGAUGAUGAGGCUCGCCCUUAUGAGUACAUCACAUAUGCUGAGACUGUCACUCGUUCGGAAAAACUCGGCGCAGCGAUUCUCAGUUUUGGGAUUCAACCGGGACAAGACACGCGCAUUGGAAUCUUUUCGGCGAAUCGACCCGAGUGGUUGUUGAUCGAGCACGCGUGCUACACUUACAAUAUGGUCAACGUGCCCGUCUAUGCAACUCAUGGACCUGAUGAGUGUCUCUACAUCAUGCGACAAGCCUCGAUUCCUCUCAUCUUUUGUGACACUGCCGAUAAAGCACAAUCUUUGAUUGCAAAUGCCCACCGCGUGCCGGAUCUCCGAGUGAUUGUCGUUGGAGCCCCAUUCGAUGCACGAUUGAGAGAAGAAGGACAAAAUCGGGAUAUUCAUGUGCUCUCGUUUAGCGAAUUCGAAGUUCGCGGUCAUGACAUGUCGAAGCGCCCUCCACCAAUUCCACCAAAGCCUGACGAUAUUGCCACAAUUUGCUACACAUCUGGUACGACUGGAACGCCAAAGGGAGUACAAGUAUCACAUGGAAAUAUCGCAGCCGUGCAUACUGUUCUCGCUUACACCAAUAUCAAGCACGAUGAUACGUGCCGUUACCUUUCGUAUCUCCCAUUGGCCCACAUGUACGAACGAGUGGUGCUUGCCGGUGCACUUGUUGUCGGAGGACGAAUUGGCUUUUUUAAUGGAAAUACUCAAAUGGUGCUGGAUGAUUGCCGAGAAUUUCGCCCAAAUCUACUCAUCACGGUGCCACGUGUGCUCAACAAAGUUUAUAACAAGAUCUAUGAACAAGUGCGCUUCAGCCCAGUAAAGCUGCUGCUCUUCAAUUUAGCUCUCACUUACAAAAAGAUUUUGGUGAAAAGAGGAAUUGUGCGACGAGACACCUGGGCCGAUCGAAUGAUCUUCAAGAAAAUUCAAGCACUGUUUGGUGGAGAUCUUGAUUUACUCGUUUGUGGUUCGGCUCCACUCAAUUCCGAGGUAUUGGCAUUCUUCCGAGCGGCUCUGGGUUGUGUUGUACGCGAAGGUUAUGGACUAACGGAAAGCACGGCUUGUGGAACGAUCACACUCGAAGGAGAUCACGAUACUGGACACGUUGGAGUUCCGAUGCCUUGUGUUGAAAUGAAGCUGCUCCCUGUGACAAAUCCCGAGAAAAAAGUGGAUUCGACUUGUGGAGAGAUUUGUUUUCGUGGACCAAUUGUUGCAAAGGGAUACUUCAAAGCUCAUAAGAUUACCAGUGAGACUUUCCUUUCUGAUGGUUGGCUACGGACUGGAGAUAUUGGUAGAAUUGAUGAGAAAGGUCGUCUAGUACUUGUGGAUCGAAUCAAAAAUCUCGUCAAACUACCGAAUGGUGAAUUCCUUGUCCCGGAUAAGAUCGAGAGUGUCUACCAGCAAUCGCCUUUUGUCGAACAAAUCUACGUGCACGGACAGGGAGAUCGAAAUGAACUCGUUGCCAUCAUUGUGCCUAACAAAGAGUAUCUUAUCGCUUAUGCCGCCGAUGAGCUUAAACUAACUGGGAUAGACCUUGCCGAGUUGUGUACAAAUCAUGAUGUUCGAAUGGCCGUGGCAAAACAAUUACGAGCACUUGGGCUCGAAAAAGGAUUGAGCUCUUUUGAACAGGUUUCUCGCUUCUACUUCACCGAGGAUCCAUUCACUGUUGAGAACGAUCUCUUGACACCAACGUUGAAGAACAAACGCUCGAAUAUCGCAAAGAAGUAUGCUAGUGAUAUCACUUGGAUGUACGCAAAGAUCGAUGUCAAAGAGUUCCGAAAGCAACACAUC